AUGUACCUGUACAUGCUGCCAACAGAGUGCCUAAAGGAGGAGGAGGGCUGCUUGGCUGAGGUCGAUUUCCGCAAGUAUGGCGGAAGCAGCGCUGGCGGUGGCGGCGGUGACUUUGGUGGUGGCGGCUUUGGCGAUCUUCUGGCUAUGGCGGCGGCGGCGGCGGCAGCUUUGGUGGCCGGCUGCCUCCUGGCUCUGGACACAGCGGCGGUUACAGAGGAGGUGGUUAUGGAGGCGUAA